UAUCGAUGAUCGAAUAAUGGAAAAAGAUGAAUAUAGGUGGAUGAAAAGAAUACGCAACAGCAAAGAAGGAUACUACUGGUUAUUCCCGACGCGGACAAAAUGCAACAUCACAUCAUGGUCUUGGAAUUACCAGUCGGCGGCCAAACUAGUGCAACAGACUGACAAUUCGGAAUUGAACGCACCUGGAUAUAUAUACUUGAUCUGCCUCCCACCAAAACUGUGUCUUUACAAUCGCGCGUUGUUCCGAACCGCUAGGUAUACACUGAGAUUCCGUCAAUAUUCCCGGGACUAAGCUAGGGACUGAAUCAUCGAUACUGUUCAUAUUCCGACUUGCUUCACAUCAUCACAUCUAAUAAGUUGACAACAUCAUGCCUUCUGCUGUAUCACCAGAGCCCCCAGCAGUUCCGAAAUGGGAGCGACCCGGAAAAACAAAUGAGAAACUCGAUUGGGCAGACAUCAAGGUCAUUGACCUGUCUACAUUUGACGAACCAGGUGGCAAGCAGAGGUUGGCUGAAGAGCUGCGAGAUGCUGUACACCACACUGGUUUCUUCAGUGUAACAGGCACUGGAUUCACACAGGAAGAGGUUGACAGGCAGUAUGACCUAGGUCAGGCUUAUUUCGAUCUGCCACUUGAAGUGAAAGGGGACUCAAAGUACCGCUGCGACUUUACGCAGGGAAAUUACUUUGGCUACCGAGCUGCAAAUGAAAAGAAGAUCAUGGGCACAGACGUUCUCGACAACGUAGAGUCUGUCAACAUCCCUAAGUUCAUACUGCAAAAUGAGAACGAGCCUUUCCAUCCAUUUCUUCGUCAGUACCGAUCAGAGAUCGAAGACUUCUCUCGUCGGUCUCUUGAGCUUGCAUCCAAGAUUUUUACUUUAUUUUCCAUCAUUCUGGAACUUCCGGAAGACUAUUUCUCAAAGCGACAUCUCUACCAGGAUCAAUCGGAAGAUCACCUUCGUUACAUGAUUUACCGGCCCCGCUCUGCUGAGGCAGAUGACAAGGUGCAGAACACAUGGUCAAGGGCACAUACCGACUUUGGCUCACUAACUCUACUGUGGUCUCAAAAUGUGGCUGGCCUACAGCUCAAGAACCCAGCUGGUGAAUGGAAACAUGUCCCACCUGUUGACAAUGGAAUAAUCUGCAAUGUUGGCGAUACAUUGGACUUCUGGUCUGCAGGAUAUCUGAAAUCCACCAUUCACCGUGUACAACGGCCUCCACAGGAUCAGGCCCACAUUCACCGCCUCGGUCUUUUCUAUUUCGUCAGGCCAGGUAACGAGGUGGAUAUCAAGCCCGCGCCUUCACCGUUACUCAAACGGUUGGGAAGAAUUGGCGAAAACCAAGAAAACGCAGCGCCUGUGAGGGGCCUCGAGUAUGUGAGGGAACGAGUGAAGAAUUACCACAACCAUAACGACUACGCGGAUAUGAAAGGCAAAAAAUUCAAGGUCGGGAAUCUAGAGAUAGAAGACGAAGCAUCCUAGGAUAAUGAAACCGAAUGUUCCGAGCAAUGCGA